AUGGAGGAGCCACGAGAAGAGGAUGUGUGCCCACUAGGCCCAAAAGGGGGGAGUAAAGAACGCAGCAAUAAGCAAAAAGGGAAUGCAUUGAAGGGAAGCUAAGGAAAGAGGCCUCAAAGCGGGAUUGCCUUUUCAGAAAUAGAUUUUAGAUAGAUUUAUGUCCGCCAAUUCCGUCCACGUAUAGAAAUUAGAAGGCGACUUGACCACGAAACUGCGUCAUCUUCUUCACCUUCUUCCCGCUGGGACAUUAACACAAACGCUUGGCAUGCAAUAAUCCGCUUCACUUCAUACGCCGCGCAAGGAGAGGGAGAGGGAGAGGGAGAGGCAGAGAAUCUGGGAAUGAAGUACGUGUUGGUGACCGGAGGAGUGGUGAGCGGUCUGGGCAAAGGCGUGACGGCCAGCAGCAUAGGGGUAGUCCUCAAAGCAUGUGGUCUGCGCGUCACUUCCAUUAAAAUAGAUCCAUACUUGAACACGGAUGCUGGCACGAUGUCUCCCUUUGAGCAUGGUGAAGUUUUUGUUCUUGAUGAUGGAGGAGAGGUUGAUUUAGAUUUGGGUAACUAUGAGCGAUUCCUGGAUGUCACACUUACUAGAGACAACAACAUUACCACGGGAAAGAUAUAUCAGUCUGUCCUUGAGAAGGAGAGGAGAGGUGAUUAUCUUGGAAAGACUGUCCAGGUGGUCCCACAUAUUACAGAUGCCAUUAAGAAUUGGAUUGAGUCUGUCUCUGUCAUUCCUGUGGAUGGAAAAGAAGGCCCAGCAGAUGUUUGUGUGAUAGAAUUGGGAGGAACUGUAGGGGACAUUGAAUCAAUGCCAUUUAUUGAAGCAUUGCGACAAUUAUCAUUUUCCGUUGGACAAGACAAUUUCUGCCUCAUUCAUGUGAGCCUUAUACCUGUUCUGGGUGUUGUAGGAGAGCAAAAAACCAAGCCUACUCAGCAUAGUGUGAGGGAAUUGAGAGCUUUAGGGUUGACUCCUCAUCUUUUAGCAUGUCGUUCUGCUCAGCCUUUACUGGAUAGUACAAAGGAGAAGCUUUCACAGUUUUGCCAUGUUCCAGCAGGUAAUAUUCUCAAUAUCCAUGAUGUUCCAAACAUUUGGCAUAUUCCUCUAUUACUUCGGAAUCAAAAUGCUCACCAUACCAUUCUGAGACAGCUGGACUUACUUAGCAUUGCUACGCCACCUGAUUUACUGGAGUGGACAAAGAGGGCGGAGACAUUUGACAGUCUCACAAAUUCUGUGAGGAUUGCAAUGGUUGGGAAGUAUGUUGGGCUAACAGAUUCUUACCUAUCUGUUGUGAAGGCCCUUCUGCAUGCUAGCAUUGCAUGUUCUUUGAAGCCAUCAGUUGAUUGGAUUGCAGCUUCUGACCUUGAAGAUGACAGUGCAAAAUUGACACCAGAAGCUCAUGCGACUGCAUGGGAGACUCUAAAGAAUGCAGCAUGCAUCUUGGUUCCUGGUGGUUUUGGAGAUCGUGGAGUGAGAGGAAUGAUAUUGGCUGCAACGUAUGCCAGAGAGAACAAUAUUCCUUACCUUGGGAUUUGUUUGGGAAUGCAGAUUUCUGUGAUUGAGUUCGCUAGAUCUGUUUUGGGUUUGGAAAGGGCAAACAGUGCAGAAUUUGAUGCUCAGACACCCAAUCCUGUUGUGGUUUUUAUGCCAGAGGGUUCAAAAACACAUAUGGGAAGCACAAUGAGACUAGGAUCCCGGAGAACACUGUUGCAGACUCCUGAUUGUAUUACAUCAAAGCUGUACCAUAAUUCGGAGUAUGUGGAUGAACGGCAUCGGCAUAGAUAUGAGGUGAACCCAGAUGUAAUUGACAUUUUAGAAGAAGCUGGCCUCAGAUUUGUUGGGCGGGAUGAGAGUGGAAGGCGAAUGGAGAUUUUGGAACUUUCCAAUCAUCCAUUCUAUGUGGGAGUGCAAUUUCAUCCAGAAUUUAAGUCUCGGCCAGGAAGACCUUCAGCUCUAUUUUUAGGUCUCAUCUUGGCAGCAACUGGGCAGUUGGAAGCUUAUGCUAACAAGUACCAGAAUGGAAGUUAAUAGGCGCCUCGUUUUCCAUACUGACAAAUAUUUCUUAAUAGAUUGAUGUUUAAGGUGGAAACAUGCACCUUGAAUAUGACAAGGCAGAUAGGAGGUACAACAAAAAGAAGCAUUCAAGCAAAAUGCUUCGCUUUGCAGUCUUCAAAAUUGUGAUCCUUUGGCACAAGGCUGCUCGUGCCUUUUUUUCAUCCCUUUCUGAAGGCUAACUUUAUUUAGUUUUUGCUGAAAUUAUUAAGUUGUUCUUGGUCUCCCCAUUGCUGCACAAAUUCUGUAUUUUAUAGGACAGAUUAGUACUGCUGUGGCCUGUGGGUUCCAGAUGGUUUUCUUGUGCUUCUAAAUAUUACUUCUGACAUUCUUGACUUUUCAUGAUGAAAGUGUAGACUGUAAAGGGUUUAAUAGUGAAAUUUGUCUUGUUUUUUUUGGUU